AUGGCUUGCAAGGCAUGCCGCACGAAGAAAAUCAAGUGCGACCGCGUCCGACCCGUCUGCCAAAACUGCAGACAACGAGCCAGUCACUGUUCAUACGCCGGCGAGCGACGGGUACGUCGCUGGACGGAAGCCGACGCUGACAACAGACGUCUUUCCACCUCUCAGAAUGACCAAAGCCCGAGUGUCAUCGACCUGGGCCAGCGUUUCUUGCCGAGACAGCCCGAUGCCGGCGCCGCUGCGUGCCAUGUUAAACAAGGGCUGUGCGUCCAGUCUACCACCGGCUCAACACACCGCAUGCCGGAUGGAACGGCGCAGAAUGACGCCGCAUCAGACUUUCUGGACUGGAGCGUCACCAUCGCCGCUCCUGCCGCUCAGUCUGACUGGCAGACCAUGGAUUCCAACUCCAUGGCUAGCCUCUUUGCUCAGAUGGCCCGCGACAGCGAGGUCAUCCUCCAAACUCCAGCCGACUCCACCAUUACCCAAGGUGAAAGUCUACUUGAUAGAAUCCUUGACGGUGAUGAGGACUUGGAGAGCCUCAAAGACGCCAGCCCGGCCUUGUGGGGCCGAACCACCGACGGUGACGAAUACACCGGCCCCUCCUCCGGCAUCUCAACCGUUUCCGACCUUGGUCUGAACUGGAUUCGAGAAAGAGUGCCCGACUCGGAUCUCCUUUGUGAGACAAUUCAGGACAUACGAAACGCCAUUCUCAUCCAUAUUCGCCAGCCGAAGUGCAUCACGCAGGACUUGACACUCGCGCCAUCAACAUCUCGGAUUCUAGCCAUCUCUCGGCCGCAGCUACUUGAGUAUAUCGAUGCCUAUUUCACGGAGGUUCAAGUUGUCUUCCCCAUCCUGGACCGUGAUACCUUUGACGUCCAACUGGCUGAAAUGGGAGAUGGUUCUGAUAUUGUUCAAAAGCCGUCUUGGUUGGCACUGUUGAACGUAGUGGUGGCUUCGGGGCUUCGAGCCUCACUCUCCGAUGAGACUUCCGAGGCUUUUCGAACAUCUGUUUCUGAGGCAUGGGGAUACUUCCGAUCAGCUCUAUCCUACGAGUCCCAGAUCGUUCACGGUGCCACCGACCUAUUAGCUGUGCAAGCAGUGGCUUUGAUGGCUGUCUUUGCGCAAGGGCUGUCCAGUCCCCAGAGGCUCGAAUAUACUCUCUCCUCGGUCGCUUUACGGUUAGCCCAGAGCAUUGGACUCAACUGCGCCCCGCCUCCCGAAUGGAGUCUCUCUGAUGUUGAGAAGAGAGAGCGCAAUCGUGUCUUUUGGGCAGUCUACUGUCUGGACAAGUCAAUUGCCUUACGCUGUGGUCGACCUGCGGUCAUAUGCGACGAAGAAAUUAGUUGUACUUUCCCGCGAGGAAUCGACUUGACCUAUCCAGGUUCAGCAACCAACGUCACAGAGACAGGCGAAGGAGAGUUAGACGUCGACUUUUUCCGAUACUUCACAAAGCUUGCGCGUAUCGGUGGUGACAUAUCCCGGUCCUUGUAUUCUGCCAGCGCUCUCUUCAUGCCUAUAUCUCGGCUAGUGCCAGCAUUGAAUCGCUUGCUGCAGGACUUGGAGGGCUGGCUGAAAUCUAUUCCUAUUAAGGUCCGGCCUGACAUCGAGAGCUUCACUCCGGCAUGGCUCGUCUUCUAUUAUCCAUUCACAGCCUUGACUACAAUCUUCGUGCAUGUGGUGUCCAACCCAUAUGAUAGCGAUAACCAGAGCGACAUAGCCCUCAUGGAAACAGUCGUUGGAUUCUUUGGUCGCCUCGAAUAUGUCACAUCCGGCGAAGCUGCCUUUACAAAGACAACAGAAUUUGUCCGACAGGCCCGGAGAGUUGUCGACAGUCACAAGAACGAGGACGAUAGCCGGAAUAAACACUGCACAACGAGCUAUGAUGAUCUCAUGACAUCUAUGGGAAUGUCCCUGCAGGGUCAUGCCUCUAUGCAGGGUAGGUCAGCAGAGGUGACGGGUGUCUACGCACGCAAUCCAAUCACUGCUAGCCAAGACGUCAGUGCAUCCAACAUCACGGGCACUAGUUUGCCUCCCCAGCACGAACCUUCGCGAAUGGAAGCCGUUAGCGAAGAGGACCAUCCUGUGUCUGGCGUCGCGAACGUUCGAGAGAUAGAAAUUUCGCAGAAUGGCCAUACGAUUUACUCCGACCUCGCUGGUUUUACGGUACCCAACAUGGAAGACUCAAUCCAAGUCCAGUGGUAG